AUGCCACACACGCUAGCGUCGUAUGGCGACGAACCGGGGUGGCUGGUGGGUAUGGUUGGGUACUCGCCCACCCCUGCUUCGAUCGCCCUCGAAUACCUGCUCUCGGAAGGCACGAUGGCUUGUGUUAAAAUCCGUCUUGACUUCCCGGUGCACCUUAUGUCUCGACAACAGGUCAACAGCCCUGCCGUGGAAAGCAUGGACGCUUCUCAGCACCAACUCAACAGUCUUGACACUAUCUCAUCCUCCUAUCCGUCGCCCUUCGCCGAGACGCCUCACUAUGUCCAGCAUGCCACCUUCUCGCUGUCUCACCAGAUGUCGACGCCGUCGCAACCGCAGACAUCCGCGGCCUCGUAUGACAUGUACGAAAGCAGCCCUUCCGGUCCCCCUACUCCUCCCAACACUCCACGCUCCCAGGACGACACGCAGCAGCAGCUUCACGGUCAUCACCACCAGAUGACCCAAUUUCCCCCCCUGACCCAGGCGUAUGGUACUCAAUCUAUGCAGCCCCAGAUCACGAUGGCUCUUUCCAGUCCUCAGCCCAUCGCGCUUGCCUCGGCGUCUGGUGCUCAUGGCAGAUUCUCUUGCCCUCACCGGACCAAGACCUACUUUCACGUGAAGGACCUGAAGCGCCAUCUGCCGCUCCGUGAGUGA